UGUCUCUAUUUCAAAGGGUAAAAGUAGCCUGACACGUUGGAAAGUCAUUUAAAAAAGCAUCAGUCUGUCGAUAUUGCUAGACGAAUCCAACAUGUCUUUGGUUUUACAAACAGGCUAUAAUAGAAAAGAAAACAAACGCACUUGAGAGCGAGGUGACUUGGACACUGGGAUUUCGGAGCUUUGCAGGAGCUAUUGAACGUGUCGUGCGCAGAUGCUGUGCCGGUACCAGCUCCUGGUUUAUGUCAGUAAAGCAGCCUUCUGCUAUGAUAUUGUUUGGCUCAAGGUGUAUGAAGUGUGAAGAUACGAUCCAGCCGCUCCGACCUGUCCUCACCUGAUUCCUCCACCUGUUCACCUGUUCCCCAUCCCCUCAUCAGCCCCUGAGCGCCUCUGCCUGUCCUCUGCCAGGCAGGAUGGAGGUGUGUAUGAUGAAACCAGAAGUCAAAAAGAAACCCAAACAUAUAACAAGAAAUGACCAAGAGAGCCAGGACAAACGAGCUCCCUUGGUGCCUCCUCGACCUACAGACGCGGAACUUGCUUACACACAAUACCACAUGAAAAGGGCUGCAACAUCAAAUGAUAAGGAUGAGUCUCAUGACAGUGAACUCUCAACCAUCAGCGAGAAUUUAUCUGCGAACAAACAGGAGAAAGGUGGAGGGUUCUUCAGUGGACUCCUUAAAAAGACUCCCAGGACACCUGGUGAAAGCACAGAGUCACAGGACAAGGAGGCUCAGAAAGAGUUGUCAGCCAGCUGUGACAUCCUGUUAGAGCGGAACACGCCCAAGGUGAAAAAAGGAGGCCUGGUUGGCAAAUUAAGAAGAUCAGCCAGCUCCGACGACUUGUUUGACGAGGAUUCAAAUCCAGAUGAGGAUAAGAAAUUAUCUGGCAGUUGGGAAAAUCUGUUGGAAGCAGCCACAUCAAAGGAGAAGACAGGUCGACUUUUAGGGAUCUUCAAAAAGUCUCCUAAACCAGCUCCACGCUCCAUCACAACCACGCAUCCCCUGAGCGGCACAAAGGAGCUGUCAGACAGCUGGGACAGCCUCGCCGACACUGCAGAGGAGGAUCCUUUAGCACCUGGUGACUUGUCAGCCAGUAACAAUAAUCUUUUUGAAGCUACAAACCCCACAAAGGAGAAUAAAGUCAGAUUUGCUGGGAUAUUCAGGAGGACGCCCAAAACCUUGGGACAACAGGAAAUUGAGGACACGGAGUUACCAGUGGGAGAUGAGCUGAAAUGCAAGAGCACUGUCAAGAAGAGGAGACGAGUUGUCUCAUUCCGAAUCAAGAGAACUCUUCCACAGGUACCAGAGAUUACUCUGUCUUCACAGACUUCAGAGAAGAUGCCUCUCACUGAGGAGACUGAGCUGCAGGAGCUGAACCCAGCACAGGAGAGCACAGUGGAACUCGAACCCUUGGAGAUGGCAGCUUACCCGACUGAAAACAUCCCUCUCGAGUCUGAGGAGGAGGAUGAUGAAUUGAUCGAGUGGUGGAACACAGUAAAAGGUUGGGCAGAAUGGAACAAGACGUCCAAUUUCCAGGUGGAGGAUGAGGAAGUGGCUAUGGAGCAGGUGGCCAAUCGUGUCUACAUGGCAGCCAGACUGUUUGUGCGUCUCUUCAAUCAGCGGGGAGCAUCCUUACAGCAGCGCAUCCUGGAGCUUUUGGCCCUGGCUGAUGGUGCAGAUGAAUUCCAUAAGAAAACAGUGACAGCCGCCGUGGGUGGAGGGGGAGCCAGUGUGGGGGCGGGGGGGGUAGGGCUCAUUCUGGCACCUUUCACUUUUGGUGCCUCUAUUAUUGUCACGGCGGUGGGCAUCAGUGUGGCGACAGCGGGCAGCAUCACCUCAGCGACGGCUAACAUCACAGACACAGUUCACUCUAGAAUGGACAGAAAGAAGGUGGAGAGGAUGAUCCAGGACUACCAGGAUGAGAUCAAAAUCAUCAGGGAGUGUUUGGAGUUUCUGCAGGAAGGUAUGGACACCCUGCAGGAGUGGGACUUUGAGAAAUAUUCUCAAAGCACUGCCAAAAAGGCUCUGAACCACAGCGUCAAGCAUGUGUUGAAAGAAGGCGGUCGUGCUGGGAAAGAGCUGAUGAUCAGUACUGACAAACUCAUCAGCACUGUGCACAUUCUGGGCGCUGCAGGCGGCGCAGCCAAAGCUGCCAAGGCCAUCAGCAUCACUACAGGAGUUAUGUCUGCUCUCUUCCUGGCUCUGGAUGUUUUCUUCCUGGCCAAAGACUCCCAUGAGCUCCGCAAAGGUGCCAAAACUAAGUUUGCCGCCAAAAUCAGGGAGGUGUGUAAAGACCUCCAGGAUGGCCUACUGGAGCUGAACAAGGUGAAGACUCAGCUGCAGAAAACCAUGGACGGCAUCGAGGUGGAAGAGUUUGAGGAGAUUGAGGAGGUGCAGGUUGAAGAGGAGUUGGAGUGGAAUCCGAAGAAGCUUCUCGAGCUGGAGCAGGAGCUGGACCUCCUGGAGGAGAAACUGGACAAAAAGGUUGAGGAGGAGCAGAAGAAGAGCAAAGAGGUGGAAAAUCAGAAAAGUAAGGAGAAAAAUAAGAAAAGCAAGAAUGAAAAAGGAGAUCCAGAGAAAAAGGACAAGGACGAAAAUGAGGAGAAAAGAGAAGAUAAUGCAAAGAAAGAGAAGAAUAAGGAAAGCAAAAAGAAAAAAGGCGAGAGCAAGUUAGAGUCCAAACUAGAGAAGCUUUCUGAUGAGGAACAAGAGCAGAAAAGUGGCAAAGCAAAAGAGGAAGCUUUUAAAAAACAAACUCAGAAAGGAAGCAAAAAAGACACAAAAACAGGGAAUCAAAUAACAGCUGUAAAAGAAAAAUGUGAGAGCAAGCGAGACAAGGCAGAAAAAGAUAUCGGUACAAACAGCAAAACAGAUGAGGAAGAGAAAGGGGCAGAUGUAAAAGAACAGGAAGAAGUUAAAAAUGGAUCAAGUGACCCGAAACAAGAAGACAGAAGUGGAAAUGUAAAUUCAGUCAUGACAGAGAGAGAAAGCCAAAGAAGCAAGAGUAGCAAAGAGGAUGAAAAAUGGACGAAGUCUAAAUGGAAAGCAGUGAAUAAAGAGAAGGAAGUAGAAAGCAGUAGUAUGAAGAAUUUUAGCAACAGGGGUGACAAGAGUGACAAAGACAGAGAAAGAAGGGCCAAACAUGAACUGAGAGAAAGUGAGAGAGGAAGCAGCAGCAGCAGAGACGUGGAGAGACUCACUAGAAAAGAAAGCGACAGGACAGAGAGCUGGAGGAUGAGAGAGGAGGAGAGAGCAAUGAAGGACUGGAGGGUUGAGAUGGCAAAACGCAGAGAAGAGAAAAGAGACAGUGAAGAAGGGAGACCAUGUAAGAGAGAUUCAGAGAGAGGGAUGAGAAAAUAUUGUGAAAAAAGUGACAUGAGGAAAGGGUCACACCAAAGUCACGUGUCAAGGAGCGAGCAUUCAGAGCGAGAGUCGGAGAGCAGGAGGGAGGAAUCAGAUUCAAAGACGAGUCACUACAAGAGAGUGACGGUCCCGGAUGGUGACUGCAGGGAGAGAUGUAACGGGGGACAAGGGAGCAGGACUGAGAAUUUGAGGAGACAGUUUGAGAGGGGGUUUGGUGAGGAGGUGGAAAAGAGGAAGAAGAGGGACCAAGAGAGUCGGAGAAGAGGUGGAGACAGGGAGCAUCAACACAGUCAAAGGUCUCGACCACAGUCUAGCACUCUGCUGAGCGAUGGGCUGUAUAUUUAGUUUAGAUGAAUAAAGACAAUGUUAUUAUGUGUUUCCUCUGUCAACACUUUACAUCAGGGGUGGCCAGUCCCAGGCCUGGAAGGCCGCUGCCCUGUUUGUUUUCCAACUAUACCUGCCAAACCCACUGCUGAUGACCUGGAUCAGGUGUGUUCAGUCAAUCAGAAGCUGGAAGAUACAGUUCACUUUGUCUUUCCUCACUCCACCGUCAUCUAAGAUGGCAUCUUGGGUAGGUUAGGGAUUGUUGGAAAACUGGGAGUGGCCACCCCUGUUUUACAUGAAAACGCCAAAAUCGGCAGUGUGUUAGUCUGUGUCUCAGUACUUCACAGUGGACAGUGACCAGGAUACUCUUGUAAAAGAGACUUUUAAUCUCAGUGAGGUUUUUCUGGUAAAAUAAAGGUUAAGUAAAUAAAAUAAAAUGUAGGAUCCAAAGCAUGGCUUGAGUAUUUACAAUAGUUUCUGCUAGAACGUCAUAUCGAGGCUCCUAUCAUAUUCAGAGAAUCAUAUGAUUGAUGACAAAUGAGGCGUGGAUUUCUUGCAGAAUGUUGGUUAAGUUUUGAUUUGAUGAUACAAGAACCAAGAAAGCUGAACCUUUCAUGGAUGUAGUUGGUUUGCCAAGAUUUUAGCAGUAUGGAAGAGAUGGAGUUUUUGAGUCAUGUUUGAUUUGACUCUUGACAAUGUGAGUGCAAAAAGGAGGAAAUCUUCUCUUGUUUAGGAACAGUUUGAAUUAAUAUUUCCCUAUAAGCUAAAGAGUAUAUGACAUAUAAUAUAAUAGAAGCUUUUGCUUCUAAAUAAAAGGUUUCCUUUCUUCUCUCAGUCACACUCUCAACUGCAGCAACAUGCCAGUAAUAUUUGCACUACAGUAUGUCUUAUGGCAUAACUGACUAUAAAAUGGUUGCACUUUAUUGCUUUUAACAGUAGUAAACCUUGAGUAAAAUUUUACUUAAAGUAAUGAAUCUUAUAGAGUGAAAGAAAGUCAUUGUUUCAGGAAAGCCUUGUGUGGCCAUCACUAGGGCUGCAUCUCACUUCUCUUACAUGAUCGCUCCUCACUCCUCAAUCCUUGCUCAACCUGGAAGUCUUUUUUUUCCAGACCAUGUGUAAAGACAUCUAUAAAGCAGAUUUCCUGCAAAAUCUAAUCUGAAAUUAUAUGAAUUACUGUAUGGAGGCUGCUAGUAUUUUCUAGUGAUUUAUUAAUGCUGUACCAGGUGUAGCAUUUGAAAUCAUAACAUAGAGUUCUCAGAUGUAUUCCUACAUGGUGUCUGCUGGUGUUUCAGGGUAAAUCUAGAUAUGUUUCCCCAGGACUGUUUAGAUCCAUAUUGUCCCUUUCUUAAAGACAGUCCUUUGUGUGAAUUGUCGGGUCUAGUAGACCUGUGUUUUUAUUUCAUUAUAAAGGCCAGUAUGAGUGCAGGCGCUCUGAGGAGAAAGGGGAAUUUUUUUUUCAUGCAGUUCUUAUAUUUCAGGUAUCCAUCUGGUUUAUAUGGCAGGUUGCAUUUAACUGUUUUAUCACCUGUUACAGAGAGUUCCCAUUCAUGCACUUUAACCAGGCAAUGCCUUCUUUAUGUCUGUGUGGUUUAAUACUGUUUGUCUUUUGUCUGUUUUCACUGUUGA